AUGGACUCACUACUCUCAACGAUUUCAAGUAUAAGCCCAAGCACUCAAGCGAUUUACAAUGCUGAGACAGGAGAACAAAUGCACACAGCCUUAAUUGUUCAAAGCCAAAAAGAGAAAGCAUCUAAUCCCCAGUAUUAUUGCCAGCAGUCCAUAAUUCACAAUUUUUUGCUAGAAAUAUCAAUGAUGAGGCUAAUGCUCUAA